AUGAGUAUGAGGAGCAACUUGACGUCAGUCCGUCAGAUAAAGCGGGCGUUGGGCGAGUUCCGUGAUUGUUUGAAUUUGGGGGCGAAACAGCAAAGGGCUAGAACGAUGGCUACUCAAACCCAAACCAAAGAAUCUCAAACUAAGCACUGUCUCGGUAUGGACAGUCUCAAUCCCAAUAUUAAAGUGCUGGAAUACGCUGUCAGGGGCCCUUUGGUCAUUAGGGCUGGAGAAAUCGAAAAGGAACUGGAAAAGGGUGUCAAAAAACCAUUUACCGAAGUCAUCAAAGCCAAUAUUGGAGAUUGUCACGCCAUGGGCCAAGUUCCAAUCACCUUUAUCCGUGAAGUCUUAGCCCUAGUCACCCUGCCAUCACUUUUAGACGACCCGCGAUUCAAUACCGACGUUAAAGAACACGCCAGAACAAUUUUGAAGGGUUGCAGAGGCAGUUCUGUAGGUUCUUACACUGAUUCGCCUGGAAUCGAAGUAAUUCGCAGACAUGUGGCUCAGUACAUUGAACGAAGAGAUGGUAUCCCUGCUGAUUGGCAGAAUAUUAUUAUUAGUGCAGGUGCUAGUGAUGCUAUCAAAAACGUCCUCAAACUAUUGAUUUGUGACGUCAACAACAAACCUCCUGCUGUUCUGAUCCCUAUUCCUCAAUAUCCCUUAUACUCAGCCUCUCUAGCCGAAUUUGGCAUCACCCAAGUGGGUUACUAUUUGGAUGAAUCCAGAAAUUGGGGUUUGGACAUCGCCGAAUUGCAACGCUCUAUAAACGAGGCCAGGAAAACUAGUCAUGUUAGAGCUAUUGUGAUUAUCAAUCCUGGAAAUCCAACUGGGCAGGUUUUGUCCAGGGAGAAUAUUGAAGAAGUUAUCAAGUUUGCUUAUAAGGAGAAAUUAUUUAUUUUGGCUGAUGAAGUCUAUCAGGAUAAUGUUUAUGCUGAAGGGUCCAAAUUUUAUUCGUUUAAAAAGGUAUUAAUUGAAAUGGGUGAACCUUACUCAUCAAUGGAAUUAGCAAGUUUCAUGUCUUGUUCCAAAGGUUACAUGGGUGAAUGUGGUCUUAGAGGCGGAUAUGCCGAGGUCAUCAAUAUGUGUCCCGAAGUAAAAGCAAUGUACCUUAAAGCCAUCAGUGCAAUGUUGUGUCCCACUGUCCUGGGACAAGUCGCAUUAGACUCUGUAGUGAACCCACCUCAAAAAGGUGACCCCAGUUAUGAUACUUUCAUCAAAGAAAAACAAGCCGUACUGGAUUCGCUUAAAGUAAGAGCCAAAAUGGUUGCGGACACUUUCAACUCGAUGGAAGGUUUCAAGUGUAACGUUGUCCAAGGUGCCAUGUAUGCUUUUCCAAGGAUUGAUCUACCACAAAAAGCUAUUGAGGCAGCUAAAAAAGUCAACAGAGCUCCUGAUGCUUAUUACGCCUUUGAAUUAUUGGAGAACACUGGAAUUUGUAUUGUGCCAGGUUCAGGAUUUGGCCAGCAACCUGGAACUUAUCAUUUCAGGACUACCAUUCUACCACAACCUGAUAAAUUGAAGGGUAUGUUGCAGAAAUUUGAAGAGUUUCACAAGGAUUUUAUCAAGAGGCAUACAUAA